CAGAAGUAGAAGCAGAAGCAGAAGCAGAAGCAGAUUCCGUCAUUUCCCGCCAUGGAUGGUGUCGCGUUUCGCAGGCUCAAUUGAUUCCUGACGCCUGACUCAAUCCACUGCUUUUUCUCAUCGUCAUUCGCCCACCCACUCCCUCCACCGCUGAUUUAGCCUUCGUCGCUCUCUCGUUGCGACCGCAUUAUUCGCUCUAGCAGUUGCAAUCGCAAAGUUGUUGCGAUCGCGUCGGGCGUUGCGAUCCCAACGUGUCUGUCGUCGCAGCCAUGAUCGCAGUCGUCGCAGCUCCUCGUAGAGUCGCCAUGUCGCCGAGGCUGCUCGCGGCGGUCGCCGUCGCGUUGAGCCUCGUCGCUCUCUCCGCCGCCAUGUUCGCUCCGGACAGCAACGUGGCAUCGCUGGACUCGGACGGCUUCACCAGCCAAGUGCUCGGCCAACCCGCCGUCUGGCUCGUGGAGUUCCACCAGGACAAGUGCGAGCCGUGCCUGCAGUUCGCGCCCGAGGUCGCCAAGGUCGCGGACCUGCUCAAAGGACUCGUCAAGGUGGGCGCGGUGAACUGCAACAAGGCGCCGGAGAUAUGCAUGCAGGCGCAGAUCAAGGAGCUGCCGGCAUUCAGGCUGUACCCAUGGGAGGUGAAGGCGAAUCCGUACACGCAGAAGCUCUACAAGGACGCGCCGCAGGUGUACGCUGGGGAGAACACUGCCAAGGCGCUCGUUGCCUUUGCCACUGCCGCGCUGCCGCACGACCUGGUGGCCAACAUCUCAUCCGGCGACUCCGCCGACGCCUUCCUCGCAGCCAACGCCACCCUCAACAAGGUGGUGCUCUUCUCCGCCAAGCCCGCUGUCACGCCGCUCUUCAAGGCGCUCUCCCUGCUCUUCAGGAAGCGGCUGGUGUUUGCGCAGGCCAAGUCCACCGAUGACGCCCUCACUGCGUCUUUUGACGCCACUGCCUUCCCCGCGCUCUUUGUGCACAAGGUGGACGGCACCAGGGAGCGCUACGAGGGCCCGCUCAAGCCCGAGCCCAUCGCAGCCUUCCUCGAGCAGUUCGCUGCCCCUCCUCUGUCCGCCGCUGACUCAGCGACAGCUGGCGACGCGGACGGGGGCACCGGGGGGGGAGCGGGGGAGCAGCAGCAGCAGCAGCGGUGGGUGCGGGCGAUGCAGGGCGCGAAUGUGAGCAGCGAGGUGCUGCAGCGCGAGGAGAUGUGGAUGCUGGCGCUCACCUCCUCCAAUGAGGAGUGCAGGGAGGUGAAGGAGAAGUUUGAGAAGACAGCAGAGGAGCUCGUGGGCAUGAUCUUUGUGGGCGUGCUUGACAUGCACACAGAUGAAGACGCCACCAGUCUGGCGGCCAAGUACGGAGUGAAGGAGCCGUGUGGUGAGGUGCUGUUCUUCCCGCUGGGCGAGGACAAGGAGGAGGGCGACCCCGAGCGCAUGCCCCUAUCAUCGUCCCUCAAGGCGCUGACAGCAGCGGUGUACUCUCUGGCGCCCGACUCCUUCGUGCGUCACAUCACCGCCGGCUCGCUCGAGGUCUUCGCACAGACCAACCCGCUACAGCCCAAGGUUUUUCUGUUCACGAGUAAGAAGGAGACACCCGGCAUGUACAAAGUGCUCUCCACCACCUUCCGCAAAGAUGCUCUCUUCGCCCUCGUGCAUGAGAGUGAGAAGAAGAUAGUGGCGCGAUUCAAAGUCACCAAGUUCCCCCAUAUGUCGAUAAUGUUUCCGGCGCCCAGUCCCGGGCGUGAGGGCGAGGUGCAGCUGACGGUGCGCGACUUCCCCGGGCCGCUCAAGUACCACUCGGUGGCGCCACAGCUCAUGCAGCUGGUCGCGGCGGCACGGCAGUUUGCGGCGCCAUCGGCGGAGAUAGUGGAGCUGGGCACGGGCAAGGUGGGGCAGGACGACGCCUUCCAGACCGACUGCGUUGACUCCAACCGGCUGUGCGUGAUCGGCCUCUUCAACACCGACUCCCCUCUCGACCAGCUCAAGCGCGUGGCAGCCAAGUGGCAGCGGGGCGGCCAGUUUGUCUUCAUGUGGCUGGACGCCGGGCGGCACAAGGCGGUGGCGGCGCGCGUGCUGCCAGUGGUGGGCGUGAGCCCCCCCGACCUGCCGACGGCGGUGGUGGUGAGCCCGCGCAAGAUGCGGUGCGCCGCGCUGCCCGAGGCCUUCUCUCCCCCCGUGCUCGACGCCUUCCUCGACUCGCUGCUGGCCGGCCGCGUCCGCACCUUCGCACUUGAUCGCCUGCCCUCCUUCCUGCCGGGCCAGUCGGGGGAGACAGCCGCGGCAUCAGAGGCAAGCGAGGAGACAGAAGAGCCAGAGCAGAUAGAGGAAGAGGAGUUUGACCUGGCGGACAUCAUGAGCGAGCAGGUGGAGGAUGCUGACGCUGUCGCUUCCAAGGAGCACAAGAUUCUGCAGGCUGACAAGGAGGCAGAGGAGGAGGCAGCCAGGAAGUUAGCGGAGGCGGAGGCAGCAAAGAAGGCGUCCAAGAAGAAGAAGAAGAAGAGCAAGGGCAAGAAGAAGAGCAGCAAGGCUGCAGACGCGGACGUGAGGGAUGAGCUGUAGCUUGGGGGCACUGCUCCGCUGCACUUGCGGUAUUUUGGAGGAGACAACACGGGUGGUGCACAAUCAGAUGCGCUUCUUACAUUGUAAAAACAGUGCGUUUCGCAACAGCUAAGAAGCACAGCUUGCGUUGGAGCUAUCUAAAGAAGACCCACACUUCACAGGAGGAGGCUGCGCUGCCUUGGGGUGCAUUCCUACGAGCUGUGUUGCUCCCAACUUUUGGGAGCAGCGGCAAUUUAAAACUGUCGCGAGAUUUCACCCCAUUCGUUCAUUCAAGCUGCUUACAAUGUGGAGCCCAACCCGAGCGUGACAGAAUUCGCACAACAGCAGCGCGCCAAACUGACGAGUGGCACAGAAUGCAGCAACCGUUUGGUCUUUUAUACUCUUCUGGAGUUUCACAAAAUGAAAGUGCUUGCUUGAAAUUAUAAUUUUUAACACACGUAGUGUUCUUCAAAAAUUGUGUAU